AUGGGAAUAUGGCAGGUGUCACAGGUUGCAGGGGAAGGUCGGAGACCAGCUGAGGGCCCCGGAGCCUUCCUGGAAAGAGUUUCCCAUCCAGCCCGUCUCGGUUUCCGCAUCCGUCGGAUUCCUUAUGACGUUGAGGGUGCUGGCGUCUGGUCCAGUGGUGAGCUGCGGCCGGGUCGCUGCAACUCGCUCCAGGACUCGGGACUCGUGGCCUUGGUGUCCCUCGCGGAGCCCUCGGUGUGUCGCCUGCAGGCUCUUUUUUUGAAGAAAGCAGGGAGGGAAUGGCCUUGUGAGAGACUCCAGGAGCAAAGAGCGACCCUCACAAGGCCCAAGUCCUCCCAGAGCUCAGGGAAGCUGUCGCUUCUGACGGAAGAAGGGAGAGAAAGCUCCCUCCUGUGUGUCCCUGGCGGUCUAGUGGCUAGGAUUCGGCGCUUUCACCGCCGCGGCCCGGGUUCGAUUCCCGGUCAGGGAAUUGUUUUACACUGGCCGCCCUCCCGCAGGAAUCUUCCUUCACUACGCUGUCAGCCGGCCUGCUCCAAGGGCCAGAAGCAGAACAGUCUCCGCAGGGAGGGGCAAAGCCGGGCGAAGGAGGGCAAGUCCUGGUGGACCACCUCUCACGACACACCGUUCCUAUUUAUCUCCGUGUCCGUCAUCCGCGGGAGCAGCUUUAGAGAGCGACGGAGCGUCUCGCUCCGGUGUACACAGCCGGGCAGAGAUGCCAGCCCCCAUGGAGCUGCACCCAAUAAGCCCACACUCUUUCCCGUCGCCACCCCGGAGGCGCCUAUCGGGCUGAGCUGCGAACAACUAAGAGAGAGGCCAAGCCAAGUCUUGGCGUUUGUGGCAGACCCGGACACGGGCACCAGCCAGUCAGCGGAGCCUCCUCACCUCCGUUGCCAGCGAAGGCGCUCCUUAGGCCUUGGGAAGAGGCGACCGGAGGCGAUGCCCGUGAAUUUGUUAGGGUGGGGAGAGACCGUGGUCACGAAGGGGGUUCUCCCAGAGUGAAGCUUCUUCAUCGCACUCUAGAAUUGCUGAUUCCUGUGAUUUCCUCCAUGUGGGAAACGGUGUUUGUGCUAGAAGAGGCUGCGCUCUUUACCUGACAUAACGGGGUUCAAGACUGACAUCGCCUCACGCCCACCCGAAAACGUUUACAUGGCUUGUCUCUUUUUUUUCUGUCCUAAAGUCGCUUCAUCUUCACAUCCCCUCAUUUUUUCUUCCACACUCGAGAGUGUCUCUCUCUCUCAUUAAAAGCUCCACCAAAUAUUUGAAAUAUCUCAACCAGCAAGACUGCAAUAAAUAUAUUAUUUCAUUCGUGGAAGCUACAGACCA